AUGGGCCCCUCCCUCCCCCUCCCCCUCCACGAAGAGUGGAAAGAUGUCGACUCUUACAUCGAAGCACUCCUCUCUUUUGCGACAUCCACUCCUCUUUUCCUGAACCUGUGCGGCGGUGUCCAUAUCCUCGACUUCCUAACCAGCGAACCUGACAUGUACUCGACGUUAUUCCCCGAGGACUGGCGCAACUUUUUCCACGAACACGAUCUGUACGACAUUCUAGAUUUGGUCCUAACCGACGAUCUGACCCCGUUUCGAUUGCCUACUGGCGCCGGCUGGAAGACACAAGAAGAAGGAGACAAAUGGAAGAAUGGGCCACUACCACCACAUUCAUUGCUGAACUACAUCCACGAUAUUCGUCGACUCAGUCUCCGUCGAGAUUUCACCUCCAAAGUCCCCAAAAACACCAGCGCCAUCCCCCAACGUCUCGCCAUUGGCAUGAAAGACAAAAAAUUACACGAAGUCGAGCACUUCUCCAAAUAUGUCGACUCAUUCACCGCAUCCGUCUCGGAAAUACGCAACGAACCAAUUACGCAUAUUGCAGAUUUCGGAUCGGGACAAAACUAUUUGGGAAGAACGUUGGCGCAUUCGUAUAAUCGACACAUUAUCGCUAUUGAGCGCAAGCAUGCAUAUAUUAAAGGUGCGCAGGGGUUUGACAUUUCUGCAAAAAUGGCAAAGAAGAAGGAAAUUAGGAUGUAUGAUAAGAAGGCAGAAUUGCGGAAAGGUAAUACAGGCAAUGGUGCGGUUGCGACUGAGGCGAUAUGUGCGACAUGUCCUCCGGGAGAAGCACAACAGGAAGAAGACGGUAGCGCUGCCCUCAGUGUCUUCAAAGACCUCGAUAUCAGCGCAGAGGAUCUACCAACUCCUGCGCCCAACUCUUCUCACAAAGCCGAAGAAGAAGAAGAAGAAGGCUUAGAGCCGCGAGGCACAAUGGACUAUAUCGAACAUAACAUCAAAGACGGCUACCUCGAACCCAUCAUCCGGCACGUCGUCAACCCCGACACCGAAUCUUCGACAAAGAACGACGCUCGCGUCCUCGUAGUGUCACUCCAUUCCUGCGGCAAUCUGCUCCACCACGGCAUCCGCUCUCUCAUCUUGAACCCCUCCGUCGUCGCAAUCGCCAUGAUAGGAUGCUGCUACAACCUCCUCACCGAACGCCUAGGGCCACCAACUUAUAAACUCCCCGUCCUUCGCCACAUGCAUCAACGUCUCAGCGUCGGCGCAACAGCGAAAGACCCUCACGGCUUCCCUAUGUCAAAUCUCUUUGAGCACUACUCUUACAGCGGCGGGGAGGGCAUAAAAUUUAACAUUACCGCGCGAAUGAUGGCUUGCCAGGCUCCCUAUAAUUGGUCCAGGGAGGAAACCAGAGCAUUUUUUACAAGACAUUAUUAUCGUGCUUUGUUGCAAAAGAUCUUCGUUGAUCAUGGCGUUGCGCCCAAGCCGGAACUCGCCACGAUUGAUGUCUUGACAAGGGAUCAUCCCCCGGAAGAAAAGGAGAAUAGCUGGGAAACAAACCCCCCUCUCAUCAUUGGUACAUUACGCAAAACGGCAUACAAAACUUUCAUCACAUACGCGCAAACAGCCAUGAACAAACUCGCCAAAGAACCCGCUCAUCGCACAAAACUUGCUCCUUUACUGGACAAUGAAGAAGCCACAAUCGCAGAAUUAGAGAACUAUGUUACGAGAUACGAGCACGCGCAGAAGAAUCUGAGUAUUGUCUGGAUUAUGAUGUCAUUUAGUGCUUCGCUGGUGGAGGCUAUGAUUGUGAUUGAUCGGUGGCAGUAUCUAAGAGAGCAUAUGGCUUCGGGCGUUGUGAAGGAGUGUUGGGUGGAGCCGGUGUUUGAUUAUGCGGAGAGUCCGAGGAAUUUGGCUGUUAUUGGGAUCAAAAACUAG